AUGGGCAGUUAUGAUGGAGCAGAAACUUAUGAAUUUGCAUUUAUCCAUCGGCAACCGUUAAAAUCGAGAAUACCGCAACGAAUUUUAAAACCAUCGUUCUCAUUACAGCUUAAUUCUCCAUUUGUUUCAACUUCGUCUGUAUCAAAAAGCUAUGAACAAGAAAGUAUAAAUACUUCAAAUAUUGCAUUAAACAAGUUUCCAUUAACAGAAGCAAGAUUUCAGUAUAAGGUUCUCCACAAGUUACAAGAGAUUUUAGAAGAAAUAAAGAAGCAAGGUGAAAAAAAUGAAUUGCCUGAUUAUUCUAUAAAUCGCAUGUCAGAUUUGGAUGGUUUUAAUGAGUUUGACCAGGGGUUGAAUGAUAUUUGUCAACACACUCGUUUGAGAACUCAGCUUUUCAAAAUUGGUGGUGUUUCAUGCUAUACAAAUGUAAAAUUAGUACUUUUAAAUUAUGUAUCUUUGAAAAAAUGUUCAGUAUUUAUUUAAUUGAAUCUUUUGUUUUUAACAUUUUGCUUUACAUAAAAUUUAUGAAAUAAAAAACACUAGAUUAUAUGAGUUAACAUUUAUCAUGGUUAAGAUAAAGCCCGAAUUUUUUUUAAUUGGUGAUGUCUGAAAAUGGUGGCGGAAGAUGAUUAUAAAACAGAAAUCAUAUACUCUUCUCUGCCAGCUAUAUUCUUUGGUUACAUACUUUUAUAUAUGCUAGAUAUUUAUUAAUAGUUCGUUUUACUACCUAGACUCAUGACAAACAAAUUAAUGUCAAGUUUUAAUAUGGAUGAAACGAGGAAUAAGAAUGCGUUUCGUAAGACAAAUCUGAUGAAGGUUAUUGCUGAGGCCAUGUCAAAGUAUGAUGAAAUGGAAAUA